AUGAAGAUUAACUUUUAUGAAUUUCAUCAAAUUUAUCACCAAAAAAAUGAAAAUAUUUAAUUAUUUGUUUAUUUGAAUAACUUUAUAUGGGAUCAAACUGUUCAAAUUGUUCUUAAUGUUAAAAAGAUAAAUUGGAAUAGAUCAAUGAAGUCACCAUUACCAAGAAAUCAGAAAGCCAUAAAAUAGUUAUUUCCUCUAAUUCUUAAUUAUCUUAUUAAAAUAAUAGCCAUUUUCACAAAGUUUAUAAGAUUUUAACUAUAAUAGUAAAAAUCAAUUUAAAGUUUUGAUGAAACUUAGAAACAAUCAUAAAAAUAGUUGUUGUUAUCGAAAAUGGCUAUUGUGAUAUAAAAGUAAUGGAAAGGAUAUAAAGCAAGGAAAACAUAUUUAUAAACAAAACAGUGUUUAAAAAAGCCAUAGAAUGACUAAGCAACUAUUGAUAGCAAGAGUAAGAGAAAUAUAUAGAAAUAUUUUAUUUAAGAAGAGUAUGGACGUAUUUUAACAUAUUUAUCAAGUAAAAAUAAAUCCUGAACAACUUUAAAGGGAAUUUAGAUCAAAAUAUGAAUUUAUUAGUGGAUCAACAUAUGAAGGAGAAUGGUUAGGAGAUAAGAGAGAUGGAUAUGGAAUACAAAUAUGGGAAGAUGGGGCUAAAUAUAUUGGUUAAUGGAAAAAUAAUUAAGCUUGUGGAUAGGGAACCUUUUAUCAUGUUGAUGGAGAUAUCUAUGAGGGUUAAUGGGAAUAUGAUCGAGCAAAUGGAUUUGGAAUAUACAGAUAAUCAAAUGGAGUUAUGUACUAAGGAUAUUGGAAGGAUGAUUAUCAACAUGGAUAAGGUUAGGAGAAAUGUAUAAGAAUAUUAUAAAAAAAAUAGGGAUUGAUAAUUCGAUUUAUGAGGGUGAUUAUUUUUAAGGUAAGAAGUAGGGACGAGGGAUUUAUAAAUGGCCAGAUGGAAGUUAUUUUGAAGGAGAGUGGUUUGAUAAUAAGAUUAAUGGUUAUGUAUAAGUUUAAUAGAGAAUAGGGAGAAUAUAUUUGGGCGGAUGGUAGAAAGUAUAAGGGUAUAUGGAAGGAUAAUAAAAUGCAUGGUUAUGGAAUAUAUUAAUGGAGUGAUGGUCGAUCAUAUCAUGGGGAAUAUGUUAAUGACAAAAAGUAAGGUAAAGGAAAAUACUAUUGGCCAGAUGGGAAAAUAUUUGAAGGAGAAUGGUAUGAAGGAAAAUAGAAUGGAAGAGGUAAAUAUUUAAUGGCAGAUGGAAAAGUUAAAUUUGGAUUUUGGGAGAAUGGAAAAAGAAUAAAUAUUGAAGGAUAAUUAGAAUGA